AUGAAUCAGAUGAGGGUCGGGACAGUCUUAUGUCCUCCAUCAUCAGGCAAGAGUACUCUUGGACAGGUGCUCCGUGACUAUUUUGAAAGUCUCAAUUAUGAUAGUAUAUACAUUAGUCUUGCUGGUAUACAUGGUGGAACAGAAAUCCACGAUAAGAACCUCUUUGAAAAUUUCUGGAAGGACAAAGUUGGUAGGACCUGGACAGAAAUCCUGAAAGAUCUUUUGUCAAGCGAAUCAAAUCUUCAAAAUAUUCGGAUAAUUUUGCUCGGCACAUACCAUCCAACACUUGAUCCUCAAGUGACACCCGUACAAAUUCGCCAUACACUUGGUUUGAAUGCCCUACUUCUAACAUGGGAAGAAGUUCGUCAGCUUAUAAUAAACUAUAUUCAGAGACAUGCUACUUUGGGUAGUCCGAGUUUUACCAUCCCUGAACCUGUUCGGAAGGCAAUAUUUAAUCUCACUGGUGGACAUCCCGGUUUGUGUCGAUUCGUUUUAACCGCUUUACGCAAUCAAUUUCGCGAAAAUGGAAAAACAGUGGAAAUGUUACGAUAUCUUGCUUCAUCACAGCUACGAGAUGGUAUAAUAACAACUUCACGUGCUUUUUUCUGGAUCCGUGAUUGGAAUAUAACUUAUGAAGAAUCAGAAUUUAUUCGCGAAAAGCUACUCUAUCAAAUCGGCAUUCCUUUCGCUGCUAAUGCCUUAAAUCCUGUUGCUAAUAAAUUUAUUAAGAUGGGUCUCUUCUCCACGGUUGAUAUUAAUGAACAAAUCCAAUUUUCCGCCCCUAUAAUGCGAGUUAUUCUGAGUCACCACCUAUUCACCGCCCCUGUAAAUUUCAAGUCAUUACCAGCAGAAACAUUUGAAGAGUUUUUGGUGCGAACAAUUGAGCGCAUGAGCCCAUCUAAGUUGUAUAAAUCGUUUGGAAAAGGAUAUGGUGCUAAUUCACAUAUAUAUGAGAGGAAUUGGCAAAUGGAAUGGUAUCUUACUGCUACAACUGUAGUCCCAGAAGGUACUUCAAUAAGUGCUGAUGUUGGUGCCGUGUUUGGCACUGCUGGAUUUCUGGAUUUCUAUGUUAAUGAAAAACUUUGCUGGGGAAUAGAGCUGACGUGCGAGGGUAAUCGUUUGAAGGAGCACGCAGAACGAUUUGAACAGGAUGGCAAGUACGCUGACAUUCCAUUAAAAAAUUGGGCCAUCAUUGACUUUCGACAUCAUACAAAACAAGUAAGAGAAUUAAAACAAAACUUCUGGUAUGUGCUCUAUGAGGAUAACUAUAAACGUGUUACUAUCAAACGUCGUGAUCAGAAUGACAAAAUCCUAGACUUAUAUGGUGAUGAAGCGUAA